AUGGGCAAGAGAGGUCUGUACGCUGUAUAUCCUAGGAAAGGGGAAACGUGGGCCCUUUUCAAGGAUUGGGAUAUUUGUUGGAGCUCCGAUCCAAAGAACCAUAGGAAGUACAAGUAUGAAAUUGUGGAGAUUCUUUCUGAUUAUGUUGGGGAUGUUGGUGUCCAAGUUGGUUACUUAGAUAAAGUGACUGGUUUUGUUAGCCUUUUCCAGCGAACAAGGAUUACUCUAUCUGGUACAUUCUUUGUAAAGCCAAAUGAACUUUACAAGUUCUCUCAUCGAGUUCCCUCUUUCAAAAUGACUGGAACUGAGCGAGAGGGUGUACCAGCGGGAUCGUUUGAACUUGAUCCUGCUUCCCUACCCCUUGAUCCAGACGAUAUUUGGUACCCUGGCAAAGUUAAGGAAGAAAGCAGGACUUCAAAUUCUCAACCUGUAGAAGAAGUUUUGUUUGCUGUUCCCCCUGGAACUAGAGACAAAUCCAGGACAUCUGAGAAUGCGACGAUAUCUCUGAAGUCCGGGGACUUGAAAGGCAUCAAUGCUACUGAUGGUGAGUCUGCUAAGGUUCGAAAAUCUCCUAGAGGAGUGAACAUCUCGGAGAAAACGCAAAAUAAAAUGAGCUCUCUUUCUGCCGAUGACAAUCCUUCCACUGAUUUUGACGAUAAUUGUGUUAAAAAGAACUGUCAUUCAAGUCCCAGCAUACCAAGUCAUUUGUCAUGUCAAGCUGAUGAAGAGUCGCAUUCACACACAAAGAGCUUUGGUCUCGGCAACUCCUCUGGAAGCUCCAAAAAUCCAAUAACUUUAUCAGAUGAAAAACGUUUUGAAGAAGUUUUUUGUGAUUUUACGAUGGACAGAUCUAUGGAGAAGUUUCAGGUAGAUCAGGUAUGGGCUCUUUAUGGUCAAAAUAGUACAUUGCCAAAGACUUAUGCUCAGAUUAAGAAGAUUGUUCCUUCCCCAUUCAAAUUGCAUGCAGUCCUUCUUGAAUCUAGUGCAGGGCGUAAAACUGCUCCUCAGACUGUUUGCGGAACAUUCAAAGUGCAGAACGAAAAAUGCCAAGUCUUUGAUCCCAGUAGCUUCUCGCACGUGGUGAAAACAGUCUCUAAUAAUAGAAAUAGGUUUGAAAUCUAUCCAAGAGAAGGAGAGAUUUGGGCACUGUACAAGAACUGGAAAAAAUCAAGUUUGGAUCCAGACAAGUUUGAGUAUGAGAUAGUGGAGGUCAUCGAGAAUUCAAAAGACCGGAUAAAAGUUUCAUCCAUGGCGCGUGUGAAUGGUUUCAAGUCAGUCUUCAGGUCUCUAAGAAAACAAAAAUUGAAUCCUGCUAUUCUAGAAAUAAAAAAAGAUGACUUCGGGAGAUUCUCUCAUCAGAUCCCUGCAUUUCAGCUGACUGGGGAAAAAGGAGGGGUUUUAAUAGGCUGCUGGGAGCUUGAUCCUGCUUCAGUACCGUCAGCAGCUAUUAAUAUAAAUUGGUCCUUUGCUGUAUGUCUGGUGAAUGAAAUGUAUCACCGGAUGGUUGCAGAAACAUAUUGCGACUUGCGAGGAUAUUGGUCCAUUCAAUGGCAUCGUGGUUUCUGUAAUCCAUCCUCUUCUGCGAGGGGAAAGGGCAACUUGAAAGUUUCAGGCCUUUCUUGUUUUCAAUCAGCUUUUCUUUUGAUACUCUUUGUGAUCAUUCCCCUUCAGUUUUGA